CGACGUGUACGGUGUACAGUACAAUAUGGCGUCGAAAAGGAGUGAAUGGUUUUCAAUUUUGAAGUAAAAUUUGGUUGUACAGUUUGUUCAGCGAAGAUGGCGGAAAUGGAGACCUUGUAUAAACAAACUAACAAGUAAAACAGGCAAUUUAUUUUGGGAAGGAAUAUAUUUUUAUUAGUAUUUUUUUGUUCUGACAAGCGUCACAGUGAUAUAAAUAUAUUUUUGAUAUCACUUGCUCAGCUGUGCUACGAUUGUAUUACAAUACUGUAUUUCCUAAAACUACAACAAAAUUAAUAGUGCAGGAAUUUUAUUCUGUCUGAUAACAAGCUCAUCAUGUACAUGAUAUGCAAUGUAUACAACAGAGUUGAAUAGUCUAAACUGCUAAUAUCAGGGCUUGAAAUAAUUUUCUGAAAGUUCCUGAUCAUGGUGAUCGUCAGUUAUGACUUUCCCUGGGUUUUUUUUCUGAUUUAAAACCCUACUUUUCUGCCGAUCGUUAACAAUGUCUUGCCGAUCAAUGAUCGGCUGUUAUUAGAAGCCCUGUAUUACUGCAGAUUCAGGUAGACCAUUAAAUGCGUAUAGUUGCUGCGUUAGUUUUAACGGUUGUACGAUGACGUUUCUAGGCAGAUUGUCAGACGUUUCUAAGGCGUGGCUUCAACAUUUAUUUUCAAAAUUUAAACGUAAUUACAAACGUCUGAAAAUCUGCCUAGAAAUGUCAUCGUACAACCGUUAAAACUAACGUGACAAUUAUUCGCAUUUAACGGUCUACCUGAAUAUUUGAUAUGCCGAACAUUGACCCAAACUUACAUAGUUACUAUUAAGAAUCAAUUGUUUCUAGAUUAACCUUGGAAAUCCAAGGACUUCUUAACCGACUGGCUACGAGUAGGGGAGGAGAUGCAAAUGGUUCGUAUAGAGUUUUAAUUAUAAAUGAUUAACACUAAUUCAUCAACAAUAAUUGGUGACUCAUUAGCAAUAAUUAAAUUAAGGACAGGGUUCAUUAAUAUUUUUUGUGUCUGUGAGCAAAAUUCAUCACUUCAAAAUAUGCUUGCCAGAAUGCAUGUUGAGCUAAAUAUUGUUGUAAAGUCUGAAUUUGAGAAGCCACGCUUCUACAAAUUAUGCCUGAUUAAGGAAUCACUUCACAUAAUACUGUUAACAAAAUGAACUGUUGACAAUUAUCGUGUUUAGAUAUUGAGAACCAGAUUGAAUCAAACCUACAAACAAUUGGCACAAACUGUGAAAGAUUGAACAUUUUAGUAAAUAAAGAACCAGCACACAGAAGACAAAAUUCUAAAAUGUAAGCAGCAUAACAAGGGUAAUUUAUGACUUGGUGAACCUUUGCCUACUGUUACAGUACUAAAAUAUGAUUCAAUAAUCCUUGAAUAUAAAUCUGUACUUGUUGUAAUUGUAUUGAGAAUGAAUAAUAAAUAACUGCUAAUGAAUCAUUGUCCAUUAUUACUACUAAUGAAUGGUCAACAACAAAUGUCCACUACAACUAAUGAAUAUCCAAUACUAAUUGACCAAUAAUAUUGUUAACAAAUUACAACCAACAAAUGUCUAAUAUUACUAACAAUUAACCAAUUCUACUAACAAAUGACAACCUACCGAAUGUCCAAUACUACUAAUGAAUGUCCAAUACUACUAAUGAAUGUCCAAUACUACAUGUGCUAAUUAAUAAUUAACACUACUAACAAAUGUCCAAAUUACUACUAACGAAUGUCCAAUUAAUCUGAUAUUCUAGGAAAGUUGACCAACUAAUUUACGACCAGCGUCAUUUGGAAGCAGCGUUGAGAAAUUACAGACAGAAACAAAUGCUACAGGUGCCAUAACAUAACAAGAAUUUUUUUUUUGUAAAAAAAGUAUAUUUAUUUAAAAAUUAGUUUUGAUUUUUUCAGAAAAAGGAAGAGCAGGAAAGAGAAGAACUAUUACAGAGAAAAUUUACUGCAAAUGUUAGUUGUUUGAAAUUAUAAUUAUUAUUUUUUACUUUUCCACCUAGAUUGCACUGUUUACAAGGCCUAUAUAAUAUAUUGAGAUUCUCACCCAUACCCUAUACUGCCAUCACCAAAUAUAUAUGCAAAAACUUGUGGUUAGAGCUCAACAACUGGACUCUGUAGCUCAGCUGGUCAGAGUGCUGCACCAGAAUCGAACCUGCGGCCCUGUGAUACGGGUGCAGCACUCCUGGUUAGUUCUAAAACUGUAUAUAAUCUUCCAUUUGAAAUAUCCAUCUAGUACAAAAACCCUUCAGCUGUUAGGCCUAUAUGUACUAAACAUUUGGUGCGUCAGAAUGACCAAAAUAACGAAGUGGGUUAAUUAAUAUGAAAUUGCACCUGAAAGUGUUCUUCCAUUGUUAUAGAAUGGAGAUACAUCAAUCAUGAUCGACCAUGCUCUACAACAUAACUCGAGCUUACACAAUGCAUCUCAAGGAGUCGAUGAUCUCCUCGGGAGUGGGUCGAGUAUACUCACAAAUCUUCGCGAACAGAGAAUAACAUUGAAAGGCGUACACAAAAGAAUUCUCGACAUUGCGAGCACCCUCGGUCUUUCUAAUACAUUGAUCAGACUAAUUGACAAGAGAGGCACUCAGGUAUUCAUAGCUAAGUGAUAUAACACUGAAAUGUUUAUAAGGAAAUUAAGCGCCAGCACUCUCCCCUUGACGAGUAAAAUUGUCUGGUGUUAGACAGAGUAAAAUAAUAAAGUAGGGCGCAUCAGGGCGCAAUGCGACUCAAUGGGUUAACUAGACACAUGAGCAGAUAGGCCAGUUAACCCAGUAAGCACCAGCGCUCCCCUUAUCGAGUAAAAUCAUCUGGUGUUAGACAUAGUAAAAUGAUAAAGUAGGUUAUAUUAAACAAUUAUAACACCCUUCAAGAAGCAAAACUGUCUGGCACUAGAAAGAUAUAAACAAAGCAGGUGCAGAUUGCAGCUUAAUUAAUAGAUUACUAGUAGCAAGAUAUAGUCAGAACAUGUUGUCUAUCAUUAGCUACAAAUAACUAUAGGAUGCAUAAAUCGUGUGCAUUGGGCAUAGUUUUAUCAUUAUGUCUAACUAAACAGCAUUUUUUAAUACACUGACUUGGUAAUAAAACUGCAUUUAUAGCUUAUUUGUCCUGCUAUAAUAGUUGACCUGUUUUAAAAUAUUUGUAACUCUUCUUUUUGUAGGACAAAUGGAUUGUUUUUGGUGGGAUUAUAGUCACUUGUAUAAUUAUGUUCUUGGUUGUCAAAUAUCUAACUUAAUUAAUAAUGAUAUCUGCUGGCUGUGCAAAAAAUCUUUAAUGUAUGGAAGUUGGACUUUAGUAAAAGUUACAGGGGAACUAAAUGAAAAAUAUUUCAAUCGAAAUAAGUUGUAAUUAGAAUUUUAUUAAAUUUAUGCAAACAUUAUUUUGUGUAUAAUUUUAACAUGCCAGUGCCAGCAUUGACCCAGUACUGCAAGCAUACUUUAUAAUUUUUUUAAAUCUUUAAAGAUUAUAAAAUUGUGAAAAUCUUUCAUUGAUUGACAUGUACGAGUGCAUGAUUAUUUAUACCCUUAAAUUUUCCAUUGUGGAAUAUUAUAAAAGUACUAAUUAAUAAUUAAGGAUCAACAUAUAUAAUGUGAAACAUGCCUGAAAAUCAUCCUGAAUGAAAGCCACUUUACUACCAUCCUCUGACUGGUUUCCAUUCCUCUAGAACUGUGUCUCCAUCAUGGACAUAAUACACUGGAUGCAUCGCCGCAGUUGCACAUGCCUGGAAAGGAGAAACUGACAAAAGUCAAAUCCAU